GUGGGCCUGGAUGAUAUUCAUGCUUUGUGGUGCAGGUUUCUUCUCUCAGCCGAUGGUGACGUAGUUGCGCGCCUAACCGAGCCUGUCUGUGUGACUUUUAAAAAAAUGGGGGGCGGAGGGCUGUAGGGCGCAACCAUUUCACACCUCCACCGCGUGAGAACAGGCCAAAUAUUAAUAACAAUAACCAUCCGAGGAUGACAAUUUCUAGAUAAAGCUCUCAACUCCGGCGAUCAUCGGGAGCUCCAGAAACUGAGUCAGCGCGGAGGAGACGCACCGUGCUCAUUCCGAUGGUGCGCAAAGUCCAGCUGACAGCCUCGGGAACUUAAAUGCACAGCUGAGCGCGUUUCUAAUGUAAGACGGUGUUUAAUAUUAAUUGCGGUGUGCCGUUCGUGUAGAGGAGAGGAGCCGGGAGAGAGCAGCUCGGCGGCAGAGCCUACCUACAGGAGCGACAUCACAGAUUUCCUGCGCUAACGCAGCGGAGAGAGGGGGAGGAGGAGAGCGCUGAUUCACGGCUUGCAGGAGGAGGGAGAGCCGUGCGGACAGGGCUCAGAAGAUCCAUCUCCAAUCUUAAAAUACAGACCCCCCCUUCCACCACCACCACCUCCACCUCCACCCUCCUCCUCCUCCUCCCUUGUCAUUGACAGCUCUGCGACCCGGUCAAUCCGUCAGACAGGGAGGAUCUGGGGAGGAGGGCGCCAAGGCAGGAGAGGACGAAAGGCGAUCACCUCUGGCCGGUUUGAUCCAAACGCCAAUACCGUGCAGGCUGGGGACCUGGCUCUGCGUGCACGAGGACGACACAGUGGCUUCACCGGGGGAUUUUGGUCCGAGGAGCACGUUUGAGUCCAGCGAGAUAACACAGGGACUGUUGAGGAGGUGAUCGGAGCGGCACUAUAAUAACAAUAAUAAUAAUAAAGGGGGCGGACAGGAGCUAUUUCGCAGUUUCUACAUAAACUCCCCGGAAUACAAAUCCAGGUGGUAGGUGGAGAAAAAGCACAGCCCAGUGCUGGAUCCCAGGGGGACUGUCAGCGUGGUAAGGACCCUUGAGACGAAGGAGGGUGCAUGGAGGGUUCAAGGCCUGUAAAGCCAGGGUCAUCAGCCUGCCUCUGGUUGGGGCUGGUCUCUGUGGCUGUAGCCUUCCUUUGUACAGAGGCCCGGACCACUCCGAGUCCUCUGGUAACCCCCAGCAAUGCGACCUGCGAGGGAAACUCCAAAUGUCAUCCAGGGAUCAUCCUCCCCAUCUGGUAUCCCGAGGAUCCCUCCAUGGGAGACAAGAUCGCACGGGUCAUUGUGUAUUUUGUGGCCAUGAUCUACAUGUUUCUCGGAGUCUCCAUCAUUGCCGACCGCUUCAUGGCGGCCAUUGAGGUCAUCACCUCCCAGGAGAGGGAACUUGUCAUCAAAAGACCUAAUGGGGAAACAACCACCACCACGAUUCGGGUGUGGAAUGAAACGGUCUCGAACCUCACUCUCAUGGCCUUGGGCUCGUCUGCCCCUGAGAUUCUGCUCUCUGUAAUUGAGGUUUGUGGACAUGGGUUCAGAUCCGGUGAACUUGGGCCCGCCACAAUUGUCGGCAGUGCAGCCUUCAAUAUGUUUGUCAUCAUUGGCCUCUGUGUGUCUGUCAUUCCCCAAGGAGAGGUACGCAAGGUCAAACACCUCAGAGUGUUCUUUGUCACUGCAGGCUGGAGCAUCUUUGCUUACAUCUGGCUCUACAUGAUCCUGGCUGUGUUUUCUCCUAACGUAGUCCAGGUCUGGGAGGGUCUACUCACACUGGCCUUCUUCCCCAUAUGCGUACUCCUUGCGUGGGUAGCAGACAGACGACUGCUCUUCUACAAGUUCAUGCACAAGAAGUAUCGCACUGACAAACACAGAGGUGUCAUCAUCGAGACGGAGGCUGAACGCUCCAAAGGGAUUGAAAUGGACGGGAAGAUGGUCAACUCUCACUUCAUGGAUGGAGGUGCGGCAAGCAAUCUUAUUGGUUUGAUCGAGAGCAAAGAGGUAGAUGAGUCCCGGCGUGACAUGAUCCGCAUCUUGAAAGACCUGAAGCAGAAGCACCCAGAGAAAGAGCUGGAUCAGCUGGUCGAGAUGGCCAACUACUACGCUCUGUCGCACCAGCAAAAGAGCCGUGCCUUCUACCGCAUCCAAGCUACACGCAUGAUGACAGGCGCGGGAAAUAUCCUGAAGAAACACGUUGCAGAGCAGGCGAAGAAGAGCGCAAGCGUGCAGGAGGUGCACGUGGAGGAGCCAGAAGAGUAUGUGUCACGAAUUGCUUUCGAGCCUGCCGUCUACCAGUGCCUGGAGAACUGUGGCGCCGUCAUUCUGACCAUUACCAGAAAAGGCGGCGACAUCAACAAGACGAUCUACGUGGAUUAUAAGACGGAGGAUGGCUCCGCUAAUGCUGGGGCCGACUACGAGUUCUCAGAGGGAACAGUGGUGUUCAAACCAGGAGAGAUGAUCAAGGAAAUAAACAUUGGCAUCAUAGAUGACGACAUCUUUGAAGAGGACGAGCACUUUUUUGUGCGGCUCAGCAAUCUGCGUGUCCUGGAGACGGAGGACGAGGUGCUGUCCCCCAACAGUCUCCCGUACCCAAAGGCCAUGCUGGGCUUCCCCACUGUGGCCACUGUGACCAUUUUGGAUGACGAUCAUUCAGGCAUCUUCACCUUUGAGAGCAGCUCAGUGCACGUCAGUGAGAGCAUGGGUAUUAUGGAAGUGAAAGUACUCAGGACUUCUGGAGCAAGGGGGACGGUCAUUGUGCCUUAUCGCACUAUGGAGGGACUCGCCAAAGGUGGAGGGGAGGACUUUGAAGACACCUAUGGAGAGCUGGAGUUCAAAAAUGACGAGACCUGCAAACUUAUUCACGUGAAAAUUAUUGACGAUGAGGAGUAUGAGAAAAACAAGAACUUCUUCCUGGAGCUGGCCGAACCUCGCAUGGUAGACAUGAGUCUGCAGAAAGCCCGGUUGUUAGCCAAUGAUCCAGACGUUCAGGAAGUUUAUACCGGGAGCCGAAUUAUCCGCAGAGGCCUCUUCCUCUCCAAAACAAACAGACAAGAUGUACCAGACAGGACGAUGACAUCAGACGAGGAGGAGGCCAGGCGGAUCGCAGAGAUGGGAAAACCAGUGCUGGGGGAACACUCCAAGCUGGAAGUCAUUAUUGAAGAAUCAUACGAGUUUAAGAGCACAGUGGACAAGCUGAUUAAGAAGACCAACCUGGCGCUGGUGGUGGGAACCAACUCAUGGAGAGACCAGUUCAUGGAGGCCAUCACAGUCAGUGCAGAUGAGGACGAAGAGGACACAGGGGAAGAGCGGCUGCCGUCCUGUUUCGACUACGUCAUGCACUUCCUCACCGUCUUCUGGAAGGUCCUGUUUGCUUGCGUUCCUCCCACAGACUACCUGCACGGCUGGGCCUGUUUCAUUGUCUCCAUCAUCAUCAUCGGCCUGCUCACGGCCGUCAUCGGCGACCUGGCGUCUCACUUUGGCUGCACCAUCGGCCUCAAGGACUCGGUGACUGCUGUGGUGUUUGUGGCGCUUGGUACAUCAGUCCCAGAUACCUUUGCCAGCAAGGUAUCAGCAGUCCAGGACACCUACGCAGACGCCUCUAUCGGGAAUGUGACCGGCAGCAACGCCGUCAACGUCUUCUUGGGAAUCGGCAUGGCCUGGUCGGUGGCGGCCAUCUACUGGCACAUGAAAGGAAAGCCGUUUGUGGUGGAAGCCGGCUCACUGGCUUUCUCCGUCACCCUCUUCACCAUCUUCGCCUUCCUGGCCAUCUCGGUGCUGCUUUACCGGCGCCGGGCCCACAUCGGAGGAGAACUGGGCGGGCCCCGGGGACACAGACUGGCCACGUCAGCCUUCCUUUUCGGCCUCUGGUUCCUUUACAUCCUCUUCUCCAGUCUGGAGGCCUACUGUCAUAUAGAGGGCUUCUAAGCAGCAAAGACUUCAGCGUGAGAGAAAACAAACAUGCAGGGGUUCAAAGUACAACUUCAGAGGUAACAGAGCGAAUUCUCACUGUGGAAUUUGGGUCAGUCUUGUUUGGUAUGAAAGGACAGAAGAGGUAGACCCAGGGUUUUCCCAGACACCUCCCUCCCUCUCUCUCUCCCUCAACCCCUUCUGUAAGGAUGCUUGGAGGUGAUUAUCCUGCCCUCUAGUGCCAACAGGCCUGUCCGCCCCGGCUGCAGGGGAGCCGUCCUGAGCCUGUGCGAGUGUGCUUACAGUUGGGAUUGGGUUACCUCCGAGUCCAGAAGAUGCCGAUGCCGGGUUGGUCCUGCAUUCCACUGGAAGAGACUGCAGUCUUAUAACCGGAGAGAGUUGAGUUAAUCAAAGGUCUAUAUUUUUCUCAACAUCCGACGAGAACGACUUUUUUUAAAAAGUAUUUUGGCGAUAAAAACGCAAAAAUAAAUAAAACAAAAAAAUAAAAUAAAACAAACACACACACACAGACAAAAGGAGGAAUAAAAGAACUAUUUUCUGAUCUACGUUAAGGAAUAACAAAAAGAUAAUAUUGUAAAUGGGAAUAUGUUGUUGAGUGACAGUGGGAUGGAUUCAUAGUAUUUAUUUUUAUUUGCAUAGUUUCCUAAGGAGCACUGCAGAGUUCUCAGAUAUCACACGAUGAAGAAGAAGAAGAUGAAGAAGAGGAGCAACAGUGACAGUUCAUACUGGCAGACGAAUCACCAUUCAAACAGACGAGGAGGAAGAGGUGGACACAGUGAACGUGGUCAAACUGCCCUGAACAUUACUUCCGUACUCUAUACGUAUCUAUAUAUAAUAUAUUUCCAUAUUUUCUGUAUAUUUUGAAUAUUUGUUUAAAUGUGGUCACCUUCUGCUCUAACAACAGAGGAUUGCUGUGGCUAAGCGGGAUGGGGAGGGGAGGGGGGGUCAAACUAUAUACUGGAACGAUGUCUUCACAUUUCUAAGAGUUAUGUAUCUUGCCUAGGUAAAAGUAUGACAUUGUAUUUUAUUUAUUUACUGAUAUCUUGGUCUCACUCGAGUUUUCACCUUUUCAAUCAGAAAUCCGAAAAAAGAACAAAAAAAAAACAACGUGUUGCUGCAGAGGUUAAAUUCAGAGGUAUUUUUGUACUGUUCCUUCCAUGCACUUUGCUGUAUAGUUCUAUUUAUGGAGACUUCUACUUGUACAUGUGCAAAAGGCCAAUAUUAAAGGUGUCACUAUGGACUGAACAGAGUGCCUGUGGAGGGAGAGGCGUUUGCUGCAGCCGCCCACACUGACACUGACGAGCUCUUAGCUCAGCUCAACUACUGAAGAGUUUCCUCCUAAAAUUGAGCAUAACAGUUUUCAAAGCUGCAUUGAUAGAUAUAUUUGGUCUUUAAGGGGGCAGCAGAACAAGCAACACAAGACCUGCCAGAAAGCUGAAGUCAUGCUAGCUGCUAGCUAGUCAUGCUAGUCUGCUAGCUCCUGUUUCGCUAGCUUCUGUUCCACUAGCUUCUGUAUCUUAGUGCCAAAUUUAGGGUUUCUUUCAUCUGUAUUUCUGAAAACAAUUCAUCAUGGUCCUGGUUUCCACUUUUUAAAAUAAUUGGGUGUCUAUGAAGGUCAAAACUUUAGCCAUACAUUAGCCUUAGCAUUAUCCUAACUUUCUGCCAUAUCUUUUUAGCUGGAAUUUAUGCCAUCUAACAAUGUCUACACCGCUCUGCACUUUGUGUCCUGCUGUUGUUACAGCUAGCCACUCGUCUCUGGUGACAUUUAACCUACAAUGGUCUAGGGCAUACUGAAAAAGUCAGGCUGUUUUCAUGCAUUGCUGGUAUAAAAAGUAAUGCACCAGAAUUCGUAUACCCGCGUAAUCAUGAACAAGUAAAUCGUGUAACCCACAUUAUUGGGAGGGCUGCAAUUACGUAAACGAUGUGCUGACAGGAGAAGAGAACAAAGUGAAAAAAAAACAACGAAAGUUCGCAUGAGGUUGGGGUGGUGGAGGGGUCAAACAAACACAGGACUGUACCUCAGGAGAUCGGCGCUUGUGUCCCAUUUAAAAGAAAGUGAACUUUGAGUUAUUUUAAGGCACAUCAACAUGUUUCUUUACCUUAACCUCAGGCCUACUUACAUAACUUCACUUUGCUAACCCUAACCUACGCAACUUUACAUCAAGUAUGUUUCUUCACUUUAAGUACAAAAACAUAACAAUGUCCAUCCACGUUUCUUUUCCUAACCUAUGUAACUUUACUUGCCUAAACUAUCCUACACUGUACAUUGAGUACAUAAUGUAACGAGUACGUAACAUGUCGACACCCAACGAUGUUUCUUUUCCUGCACCUAACCCACGUAACUUUACCUGUCUAACCCACAAAACUUCACAUCAAGUACGCAACUUGACGUUAACUACUUAACUUGAUGACACUCAACCAUGUUUCUUUUUGUAAACCUAACCCACAUAACUUGCCUAACCUACGCAACUUUACAUUAGGUACAUAACUUUAUGUAAGUACAUGACGAGACAAAGCCCAACACUGUUUGUUUUCCUAAACCUAACCCACAUAACUUUACUUGCCUAACCUACAUAACUUCACGUCAAGUAUGUAGCUUUACAGAAAGUACUUAACUUGAGGACAAACGAUCAUGUUUGUUUUUGUAAACCUAAUCUACAAAACUUAACGUAACUUUCAGUUAAGUACGUAACAUGAUGACACCCAACAAUGUUUCUUUUCCUAAAUCUAACCUACAUAUUUUCAUGUCAAGUAUGUAACUGUACGUUAAGUAUGUUACGUGAUGAUUCAUGUUUGGUACCUAACUUUAUGUUAAGUCCGUUAUGAGACAACGCCCAACUAUGUUUCUUUUCCUAAACCUAACCUACGCAACUUUCCUUGCCGAACCUGCGUAACUUUAUGUUAAGUACAUAACAUGCCAAGGUAUUUGUGGGGUGCUAAUCAGUUAGAUACCAUAUAACCCAUUAUAUGUACGUUUUCAUAAGAUAUAAUACAAACUGUUAUAUGAGAAUAAGUUGAAAAAGUUAGCUAUGCUAAAAGCCAUUAUAACAGAAAUAGUAAAUAAUGAUAUUACAGUGUUUAUUUUUUAAAUUACUAAUUUGCGUCAUUACAGAAGUUAAUAUGUUUUUAAAUGAGGCUUUCUCACUUAUGUAGCAGAACCCAGAGGUUUCACCGUCAGCUCAGCUUUGUGUAUGAUUCCUUUGGUGAUUGUAGACACAGCAGCGUUAGCACUCAUUUAGAGUGAUGUUUUUAAACACCUGAUGAACGUAAAUCAGAUAUUCAACAUGUUUUCAGCUCUGUUUUGUUCUCUAACAACCCCUAAGGGAUAUAUCUGUUGCUUUAGCUACUAAAUGCUCAAACUUUGCUCACAAGCUAGAUGCUAACUUUUUUUGGUGCUAGGAAGCUAGCAUACAGUGGAGUUAGCUAAAACUGCUGAAGAACUUUAUGGAACUGAGGAGAACUGCACCCAUAGAAAUGAAAUGGUUGGUUUGUUUAUGGAAGUUUAAACAGAAGUUAGCCUGCUACAACAGUUACAUGGCAAUGUUACACAGAAAAAUGGCCGCCUCUCUGAACAUCCUGCUACGUUCAUUUGAAUGGGUUCAUUUCUAUGGUUGCACCUUUCACAUCCCACAUUUAAUCCUUCGUUAAAUAUGAAUUAAUGCAGCUUUAACAAAGUAAAUCUGUCUUCUCUUGACGUUUACAGAGAGUCAAGGUCAGAUUUGUGGGUGUGUUGUUGGGAGCACUUCAAAAAAUGACUCAAAUUACAUUUUUCACCAUAACAACUUUAUUUUUGCUCAUUAUGUAAAGAGUAGGAGUCAGUGAUGCUCAUUUUGGAUCGAAACUCUUCAGUGAAGCAGCAGGUGUGGGUGUCGGAGCAGCAGAUAGCUCCAGGUUGAAUCUGAAAGUAGCCUGAUAUUGAUACUGAAUGCUGUUUAACACACGACUGGUGCUUUGUUUUUAAAAACGAGAGAGUCAAAAAAAAAACAUUUAAAACUCCCAAGAAGCAGCAGAAAAUAUGUUUAUUACUUAAUUUGCAUUGAAGUGUAUGUUAGUAUAUAAUCAGUCAGUUCUUGGCUAAGUUAAAAAUCACCCAAGAGAUUACCAAAGAGGUGGGAUGCAACAUCUGUUUUAAAAAAAUAAAAAUUAAACUACAAAAAAAAAAAAAAAAGUAAGUGGCAGUGACACUGUAUUUCCACAAGGGGGAUGUCAAUCUCCAGUCCCUGUGGUCAUCCCUUCUUCUACUUCUCUACUGAGCACUCUUCCUCCUCCUCCUCUUCCUCCUCCUCCUCCUCCUUAGUGUUCUUCCUUUGUGGUGAGCAGUGUUGUAAAUACGUCUCGUGGCUGAAUCGGAUGCUCUUUUCCCGGCCCUGGACCACACCUGCUCCACCCGCCUCCGUCUCUUUCUAUCUCUCUCUUACAUAUAAACACACACACACAUUCAGAGUAGAGCAAUGGGUCCACUGCUGCUGCACAAGAGGGAGGACAGUUGGGCUGACUGUCCCGUUCAGAUGCAACACAAACCCACAUUCUGUACAUAAUUUUCAGUGUAUGUUUACAUAGACACAGUAUAGGUGUCCUGGGGGGGGAGCAUGUCAACACGACUCACAUCUCAUCUACAGUACAGGUUAUCUGCGGUCGCUUCAUCUGAGCCAGUGUCAGUGGAAGUGUGAAGUUUUUUUUUUUAUGAUUUUAUUUUUUUGAACUGUCACCCUUUUCCCUUGUUCAAAUCCUGCAGCAGGAAAUAUUUUCAGUCUUGAGUUCAGCAGGUGUUCAUGAUGUCAAAGACUUGCCAGUGUUUUUAAUUUUAUCUCGGCCUUUUGUGGCUGUUUGUUUCUUUGGUUGUACUCUUGGUUUGUAUCUGCGGGGAUGUGUCGAAGCUGAACGUCGGCCGGUGUGUGUUUGUGUGCUGUGCAUGUUGCCAGGCUGUGCGUCCUCUUCGCACCCGUGUGCACAGGCGGUGUUGUUCCUCACAAAGGGCACCACUCUCAGCUGUCAUUCUGUCUUAAAGAUACAUGUCUUAAUUCUGUGGGAAAAUAUUUAUCAUACACACCACCUCUCAAGGCACCAGUCUGGUUUUUUUUUCUCAGCCUGUGGGAUAUAAGUGAAAUAGAAUUGGACACUGAGGAGAGCUUCAUCGACAGGUGAACACUGUUCUUUUAACUUUUUGUUUGUGUAACAGAAAAGGGGCACAUUUUAAUGGAUGGGUAUGUUUUUCCUGGCCUGCAAUGAGAUGUCAAAAAUAAAAAAGCAUAUUUCCAAAGCUGACGGUGUUUUUGAGAUCAACACGUUUUUUGUUCUUUUACUGAUGUGGAAUAAAAGCAGCUUUCUGGUUCAUAAGCAAACACUGGUUGCACUGACUUAAAUCGAGCCUGACUAUGUGUCUCUGACUCCUGUUGACUAUCUGUGUAUCAUGAUGUCACUGUCACCCAGUGUUUUUUUUUAGGAAUGACGAUAAGCAGUGUUGUGUUGUUGUGUUUUUUGGAGCAGUGGUUCCCAACUGGUGCAGCCACAGGGUCUAGAUUUCUCCUUAGUCAUUAGUUCAAGGUCCACACAGUUUGAGACAUUCGGCGUCAGACUUGCGUUUCACCAUGUCGUUGGGCUAGUUUGCUGUCUCUGUGAAGUAGCUGUUUGUUAGUCACUCACUCUACAGCAGGAAACGACACUUCACUUAACAAUAAAGUGUGUUUUUUACCAACACAUUCUCACUUUGACCUCGUCACAUAUCGACAUUUGGUCAUGGACUUUUAAACACUGAAGGUACCCUGGGUGUGUUGGUUGUUGACGUUCUAGGACGCCGUGUCAAGUUCUGCCUGUUACAUGUAUUGUCUUCUUUCAAAAUACACUUCUGUUUUCAAAAUAAAAGCACUACGUCAGUACAACACCGCAAACUUAAUAAUGUGGGUUUUUUCUGCCUUCAACAACUAACGCACAUGUUUGGGUUUAGGAAAAAAGAACAGGGUUUGGCUGUAGAAUCUUACAGGAGGUGAACAACGUUCUCUCAAGUGAAAGUCGGUGUUCGUUGGACCCAUCCACCACCCCUCCAACCCACCCCAGUCGGACUUUUGCAGCCUUAACUUUAGUUCUUGUCCUGCCACGUUUCCCCCUGACGCCACUGAACGCCAUUAAACAACUGGUCGUGUAUCAUGCCGACGUCAGAGGACACCUCUUUUCGUUGGUUUCCUGAUGCCGCAAGUCACUGCCCAAGCGUCUGAUUUCAGGGACUUCAGAGUGAGACCAGGCUCUUUUUACGAACUUGACACGUUUCAGAUUCACACGUGGUCCAUUCAGAAUGGCACCACG